AUGAUCAGCAUGGAGUUAUCAGCCCACACGACGCAGCACGGCGCACUACAUCUUGGCGUCGGUGUCAACCCGGGAGAUCCCGCAGGUAGCGCGUUGGCCGCAAUUCAUUCUCACCAUCAAGACUCAUUGGGAAUGAGCCACCAACAUCAUAGCCACAGCGGCAUCGGGAACGGAGGUAUGCAUGAGGAGUCCAAGAAAAAACAUGACGGCAGUCACGGUGCCAAUGGCCAGGAUGGUCAUGGUGGAGUGAAUCAACUCGGUGGUGUCUUUGUGAACGGAAGACCGCUACCGGAUGUAGUGAGGCAGAGGAUUGUCGAGUUGGCGCACAGUGGCGUCCGACCGUGUGACAUUUCCAGGCAGCUCAGGGUAUCUCACGGCUGUGUAUCCAAGAUCCUGUCGAGGUAUUACGAAACGGGGAGUUUCAAAGCCGGAGUUAUAGGUGGAUCAAAGCCAAAAGUGGCAACACCACCAGUAGUAGAUGCAAUAGCUAAUUACAAAAGAGACAAUCCCACGAUGUUUGCAUGGGAGAUAAGAGAUAGAUUGUUGGCAGAAAACAUAUGUUCUCAGGACAACGUGCCAUCAGUCUCAUCGAUAAAUCGCAUUGUAAGGAAUAAGGCAGCAGAAAAAGCGAAGCACGCCCAUCAACAGCAACAGGCACAGCAGCAGGGUCAACAACAGGGUCAACCAGGUUCAGGUGGUUCGGUAUCAGUGAUAGCGCAUGCACCAGCUACAGCAACUGGAAUUCCAACAAAUGCGACUGCACCAAAUGCCUACAGUAUUAGUGGUAUUCUCGGUAUUCCCCCACACCAUCAAGAUCCUAAUGGCAAUAGUAUCAAACGAAAACGCACUGAUGAUGAUGACAAUAGAGAUCUGAGCGAUCAUGCCGAGGAUGACCUCAAAAGACAACGGAGUAAUUACAAUGGAGAUCAACUUUAUUCCAACUUAUGGUCAAACAAAGGGUGGAGUAUCAAGGAUGAGCAUAGUAAGUUGAUGAAUGAACUUGGUGGAGGUGGUGGCGGCGGUGGUGGUGGAGCUGGAAAUAAUAAUACACAAGGUGCCAACGGUGCCAGUGGAAAUACCGGCGGUUACUACGAACACGGUGGAUUCCCCGGGAAUGCCAUUGCUACUUCGGCUGAGCUGUAUGACUCCCUGGGAACCAUCAGUACUAUGACGCAAGCGCCAACAUCCCACCUUUACUCUCCACCCAUAGGGGGCACCAUAGGUGGAACAUUGACGCCGCUUGCACCAUUGUCGAUGCAAGAACUAAAACUGAGCCAAACACUGGAUGGGGCUAAUAUGUCCCCUUAUCACACAAGCGAGGCCAGUACCGUCGCAGUUUCAUAUGUCGGUGUGGGAGGGGGUGGGGGCGAACAGAGUCCUCCUGUUUCCAUUCACAAUGAGGGUAAUGCCACCCCCGCGGCCACCAAUACACCAGGAGGUGAUCAGGGUUUAACGGUUCUUCAAUCACCAGUGUCGCAGUCACAGGUUGCCUCAACAAUACCACCGUAUUCAACCAUGUUGCCGAGUUUUGGACACUAUGCGACAGGUAGUGGAGAUUAUGCCUACAGUGCAGCGUAUUCUCAAUACUCAAGUGCACCAUACAGUGGAUACGGUUAUGGGACAGCGACAAGCGGGUUGCUCAACUCGACGUAUUACUAUUGCAACGGGGAUACGCUGGCGUCUUCCCAUAAUAAUUCACAGCAGGGUGGAUGUAACAACGGUGGACCGGAGAGUAGUGCGGACGUGGCGAGUCGUUCACCAUUGGCUGCAACGAGAGCAAGUAGUGGUGCUAGUGCUGCAUCACCAACCGGAAGUGCCUGCACAAAACCGGAUCACACCAACACCCCCACAGACCUGUACCUGGCUUAA